CAUCCAAAGCAAUGAUAUAUAUUAUUUCUUGAAAAAUGGACAACAAGAGAACUGGCAGUGGCCGCCGCUGAUCGGAGACCUCACCGGAGUUCGAUUAGAACCGCAAUAACGACAAUAAUGGCUACUUCUUUGGCCUCCGUAGCUAUAAUCGCUUCUCUGCAUCUAAUUGCCUUCGUCUUCGCCAUCGGAGCUGAAAUGCGCCGAAGCACGGCAACGGUACAGCCAGAUGAGUACGACGAGACUACUCACUGCGUCUAUGACUCCGAUGCGUCGACGGUGUACGGUCUUGUGGCGUUUGGUUUGCUAUUGAUUAGCCACACAGUGCUUAUGGUUGUCACGAGGUGUCUCUGCUGUGGUAAAGGCUUGAAAAGUGGAGGAUCCACCGUCUGUGCCAUCAUCCUCUUCAUCGUUUCCUGGCAUCUCUUCUUGGGAGCUGAGUCUUUGUUGCUAGCUGGGUCUGUGAGGAAUGCCUACCACACCAAGUUCAGAGGAGCAUUGCCGAUCAAGAACUUGUCGUGCUCCAUGCUUCGGCGCGGGGUGUUCGCCGCUGCAGCAGCCUUGACAUUUCUGUCAUUGGUGUUUUCAAUACUUUACUACAUAGCGCACUCCAGAGCUGAUACAGGAGGCUGGCAGAAGCACCAGAAUGAAGGUGUUGGCAUGGUGCCCCCUAGUUUUUCAGGGCACGAGCAGCACGAUCGAUCAACGGGACGAUUCGAGAAGGCUUAGCCAUGGCAGGAUUUGAUUAUUAGAAGUUGCAGCAGACUCAAUGUUGAUUAGAGCUUUUAUUGAACAAAAUGUUAAGUUCUUGUUGCUAAAUUAUAAAUAUGUAAAGUGGUUUCAAAACAUAAUUCAGGUGUGAAAAAUGUAGCUUUUAUUAUCAUAUCUGUUGUGGUAUAACUGCCUCCAACAUUCAAUGUUUAUCUGAAUUUUGAACCA